GUAUUAAAAGUAGUAAGUUGACAGUAUUUGAUGCCUAAGGCCACAAGCGGGCAUUUACUGUCAACGGAGUUAAACUUGCUGUCUAGCCGACCUGUAACCACCAGUAAUUUAGUAUAGCAGGCGGUCGAGGACAGGACAAAAGCUUGAUUUUCACGACUCCUUAAUUAUUAUCAUCAUCUUAUACCCGCCCUUUCCAUUUUCCCACUGCACCCAACCUACAUUAGAAAGGCUGAGAGACAAAAAUGGAUUGGGAUGCUUUGUGGUUCAACGUUGCCACAUUAAUUGCAGGGGUGUUUGUCCUUGACUAUGGCGCAGACAAGUUCAUCGACCACACCGUUAUUGUCGGGCGGCGCAUUGGUAUCUCGCAAACUAUUAUUGCCCUCUUGACAGCUGGCGCUGAAUGGGAAGAGCUCGCUGUGGUGAUUGCCGCCAUCCUGCAGCAUCGCAGCCCCCUAGCCCUUGGGAACGUCACGGGCUCGACUAUCUCCAACAUUCUCGGUGCCUUUUCUUUGGGGCUACUCUUCUACCCCCAAGGCGUGGAGUUUGAUCGCAGCGCAAAGUUAUACUCGGCGCUGCUGUUCAUGGUUACGACGCUCUUUGUGGUGUUAGCAUUCUUCAACCAAUUGAACCAGAUCAUCGGCGGGGUCUUGAUUGCCAUAUUUGGUCUCUACAUCGUCUCUAUCAUCUACGCCAUCUAUAAAGGCGUAGCAUCGCCCCCAGAGCUAUCAGACAGUGAUAGUGACGGGGAAUCUAGCGAUAGCGAGGACGGGGACGGGGAAUCCGUCAAUCAGGCACCUGUCUCCGAGACAUCGCCUCUCAUUGAGAAUGAGCAUGCGCCUUCAUCGGCUGACAAAGAAAGCAGACGAAGCAGAAGCCUGCCCUACCACAUAUUCCAGCUUAUUCUCGGGUUCAUCUCGCUUUCAAUGUCAGGAUAUAUUCUCUCCCACGGCGCCGUCACCAUCGCCGACUCCCUGCACCUCUCGGGAACUGUCUUCGGUCUGACAGUUGUCUCGUUUGCCACCACUCUUCCAGAGAAGCUGGUUGCAAUCAUUAGUGGCUCCCGCGGCCACGGCGGCAUUAUGGCUGCGACGACUGCAGGAAGCAACAUUUUCUUGCUGACGCUCUGUGUUGGUGUCGUUGCAGUGGCGGGGUACCAGGUACAAGAGGCAGAUAAUUUUGUGCUUUUUGAGCUGGUGGCCGUGUGGGUGUCCUCUGGGGCAUUUUGUGCUGUUAUCUUUUUGGGACUGGGGAGGAGUGCAGGUGUAGUUCUCUUAGUUGCCUACCUCGUGUUCCUUUGCCUGGAGUUUACCGUUUACCGGCGCUGAUUAGCCGUUAGACUUUCCGGGUGCUACUAUAUCUAUCUUCGUAUAUUCUUCGGCGCCUUUUAAACAACGUAUGAAGAUGAGACC